CCAUCGCUCUUCCCUCCCUCCUCGGCGCUGCGAGCGCGCGUAUUGGCUGGGCGGCCCGUGACUGGGUGCCAAAUAGGUGGUCCCUGCGCAUGUUGGCACACUUUCAGUCAAUGGGUGCAGAAGCAAAGUGAGGAGGAAGAGAGAGAAGGCAAAGAGGGCGAAAAAAGAAGCGGCACUCGGGUUUGCCAGCGGUCGCGCGCACUCUUCCAACAUUGAUUCCGUCCUCUUGUUUUGCUUUUUUUUUUUUUAAACCUCCUUUGUGCUCACUCCCCUGUCCAGCUCUCUCGUCGCCUCUCUCUCUUCGAUUCGACUGAACUCUACCCACUUUGCCAAGAGUUGCUUUUUUUUUUUUUUUUACCCCGUCAAGAUAUUUUUCGACAUUUUUGACAAUUUGAUCCACUUGAUGCACUUAUUUGCUUGCAUUUAUCCUGGUAGCUUUUUUUUGACAGAAGUUCCUGAACUUCUUUCCAUUCUCCUUCUGCUGUGCUCUUGAACAACAACUCUCCUGCUCCUGCUACACUACCUCCUGUGUUCCUUUGCUGGUAUUACACCUUGCCCCUCGGCUUUUUUUUUUUUUUUUUUUUUUUAACCUUUGGCUGCUUUCACUGGACAGUUCGAGUCCCUCAUUCUACUUUACAUUUUUCAAAAUAUUUGCCCAUUUCUCCGGUGCAGAUUGACAAAACUUUUUUUUUUUUUUUGCAAUCUGCCGGGUCAAUUUAUGAUGAAAGAGAAAAAUGGAUGAAUUCCACCCCUUCAUCGAGGCCCUGCUGCCCCACGUCCGCGCCUUCGCCUACACCUGGUUCAACCUGCAGGCCCGCAAGCGCAAGUACUUCAAGAAGCACGAGAAGCGCAUGUCCAAAGAGGAAGAGCGCGCCGUGAAGGACGAGCUGCUGGGGGAGAAGCCCGAGAUCAAACAGAAGUGGGCCUCGCGCCUGCUGGCCAAGCUCCGCAAGGACAUCCGGCCCGAGUUCCGUGAGGACUUUGUGCUCACCAUCACGGGGAAGAAGCCCCCCUGCUGCGUGCUGUCCAACCCCGACCAGAAGGGCAAGAUGCGCCGCAUCGACUGCCUGCGCCAGGCCGACAAGGUGUGGCGGCUGGACCUGGUCAUGGUCAUCCUGUUCAAAGGCAGCCCCCUGGAGAGCACGGACGGGGAGCGCCUGGUCAAGUCGCCGCAGUGCACCAACCCGGGCCUGUGCGUCCAGCCGCACCACAUCGGGGUGUCCGUCAAGGAGCUGGACCUCUACCUGGCCUACUUCGUCCACACGCCAGAAUCCGGACAAUCAGACAGCUCUAGCCAACAGGGGGACACGGACAUUAAACCACCGCCCAAUGGACACCUGAGUUUCCAAGACUGCUUUGUCACCUCAGGGGUUUGGAACGUGGCUGAGCUCGUCAGAGUGUCACAGACUCCUGUUGCCACGGCGUCAGGUCCGAACUUCUCAUUGGCUGACCUGGACAGCAGUCCCAGCUACUACAACAUCAACCAGGUGGCCGUCGGGCGACGUUCCCUCACUUCCCCUCCCUCCACCAGGUCUGAGGUGGAACUGUACGCAAACCUUCCGCGGAGCUCCACCAAGAGGAAGUCGUUAGACGACAGUGAGAUGGAGAGCCCAACAGAUGAUGUUUUCUAUCCUGGACGCUCGCCCGCUGCCAGCUCAUCCCAAUCCAGCGCGUGGCCCAACGACAUGGAUGCAGUGCAGCACCAUUUGGCCAGUGUGCAGGAGAGGAAGAUAAAACAUGAAAACGAAGGCGUGCAGUUUCCUUACCAUGGACUGUCCUCGCCUGGUUCACUUAAGAAGCCGGGGAAGUUUGAUUUCAACGCCCUGUCUUCCCAGAGGUCCCCUCGCAUGGCGUUCACACACCACCCGCUGCCCGUGCUGGCAGGAGUGAGACCAGGGAGCCCCCGUGCCUCAGCCUCAGCCCUGCACUUCCCCUCUUCCUCAAUCAUCCAGCAGUCCAGCCCUUAUUUCACCCACCCCACCAUACGCUACCACCACCACCAGGACCCGCUUAAGGAGUUUGUGCAGUUUGUGUGCACCGACGGCACAGGACAGCCGAGCGCACAGCCUAAUGGAGGUGGCCAGAGCAAAAUGCCGGGCUCCUUCCUGCUGCCCCCGCCACCCCCGGUGGCACGCCCCGUGCCCCUCCCCAUGCCCGACUCUAAAACCAUCAGCACGCCCACCGACGGUGGACUCAGCUCACCCGCAUCUCCGUCAUACUCCACGCCAGGCUCCACAGCUCCCAACCGGUUUGUCGGCAUCGGAACACGGGACAACUUUCUGAAUAUCCCCCAGCAGACUCAGUCCUGGUUCCUCUGACAUGGUCUCGACGAAUCAACUAAAAUGGUGUCAUGAAAAUUGGAAAAAAAAAUGAUGAAGAGCAGACUGCUGACACUCAAAAAGGUUUCUCACUUGCCCACAUUGUACAAAGUACAACUACAGAACCCCCACAUGGCCCCGCCCCACCCCAAGUGGCCACUCCCAAUUUGAACUGGAACGUUCGUACCCCCCCACCCGCCAACCCGCCUUCAGAAAUGCAGGAGGGCUCCAUGAGAUGGAGUGGACAGACUCGCACCGCCAGGCGGAAGACUAGGAACUGUCGCACGCUCAUCAAGGAAAUGUUGGACGGGAAACACAAAUAUGGCAACCUGGAAAUUGACCAAUUUUUACAUUUGUGGUUUCUUUUUUUUUUUUUUUUUUUUUUUUUUUUUUUUUUUUUUCUACUUUUUAUUUUUGUUAUCAUUUUGUCUUCUCCACCACGAAACUCCACGCAUUGGCCUGUUAGGUUAAAAAACAAAAUGGUAGUCACCUAAAUUGCGCUAACUGAUCUCAAAGAUCCUGGCGACGCCCACUUUGAUGGCCAGCACCACCACCACUUAAGUUCAAGACCACCCACGCAGCCACAUCCCUGCGUGCCACCCCCACCCUCUCACGCACCUCAUUCGCUCAGCCCUGAAGACCCAUUGAUUUGCGAUUGGCCAAUCCCGGUGACGCCAUCAGAUGGUGUGACAUUAUAUGCACUAAGUGGCUGGUCUUUGUUGUUUACCUGUCCAAGUAUCAGGGCAACUAUUUCUUUUUUUUUUUUUUUUUUUUUUGGGGGGGGGUGGGGGGGAGAAUAAGCGUUAGCCAGUUGCAAGCGUUUAAAACACUAAAGGCUACAUGUGCUCUUUCAUCCCAUCACCUAUGCACUAUUAAUUCUCAUUCGGGAUGAACAGAAUUGCACAUGCACGGCCACAAGGGCGAUGAGGGAGGGCCAAGGAGGCUUGACAGAGAUGUGGCUGUGCAUCCAGGUCUAAUUUACCCCCUCAAGUGCAACACACACACACACACACACACACACACACACACACACAUAUUUUUGCAACCAGCUUACCUUAAAUAGUCUGUCACAUAGCCACUCUUUUUUUUAUUUUAUUUUUUAUCAGAAUUAGGGAUGGGCACAAUAAAUAGAUUCAUCGUGUCUUGUGAGGCAAAAUGGAGUGAACUGCUUACUUGGCUGACAACUACAGUGAACAACCACCACUAUCACCAGAGAGGAUAUGUACCAGACCCAUCCACAACAUAUA